AUGUUGUUCAUGACUGCAUCACCAGUCCUUAAUUCAGCUUUUGACAUCACCACCCUAACUUUCAUUUCCUCUCUUAUCGUUCUCUCUGUUUUAUCUCUCUGUUUCAUUUUUCACCUCCGUUUCAAAUCAAAAUCAUUACCCUAUUUACAAAACUUCAAUUCCCUCUGGACCGUUCGGUUUCUUCUCGUUCUUUUCAUUUUUCUCUGGUCCGUUGUAGAGCUUCUCCGGUUACCGUUCUUCCGUAGAAGAUAUUUAUAUCAAUAUAUAUCCUUAGCCGCUUAUCAACAAGCCAACCUCUGUAAGCUCAGCGUUGUUCUUUCUCUUGGAUUCUUCGAACCGGCUUUUCUUGUAACGCUACUUUUUCUCCUUAACGCUUCCAUUAAGAAAAAAACACCAAACGACGCUUGGGCUAUUACCUUCGUGUUCUUCACGUGUGUUCCUCUUGUUGUUCUUCACGGUUUGCUUGUUUUCUAUAAUCCGUUGGGGAAUCAGGUUCCGUUCUUCUUGAGACAAACUGCGGUGAUUCUUGAAAACGACGUCGUUCUCUGCACUUACCCGUUCUUAAACAGCGUCGUUUUUGCGGCGUUUGGUGCUGCGUAUUGUGCUUGGUUUUUGUUCUCGUGUUGGAGGGUGUUGUCGUUGGUGAUUAACAAAGGGCUUCGGAUCCGGAUCUACGGGUUGGGUUCCGUUGUGUUGGUGGCUUUGCCUCUUCAGGUUGUGGCUCUCGCUUUCACGUUUCUUUGGAAUCCGGAGGAUGAUAUUUACGGUGUCGUUUCGCUCGUUGUGUUUCUCGGUGCUUUCUGUUGUGCCGUUACUGGAGAGGGUAUUUUGGUAAUUAAGCCUAUUUCGGAUGCAUUGGAGGCUGGUGGACACUGUUUCAGGUGGACCUCACGUCCUCAAGAGACGCCUCCGCCGCCGGAAAGAAAGAUGGAGGAGCAGGAACGAGACUCCGUCGUGGAUUUAGAGGGUGUUUUGUUGCAAGGGUAG